AAUUCUUAAUUCAUAAUUACUAAUUAUCAUUCGUCAAUCCAUCUAUGAUAGCACAGGUCAUACUACAAUUUCGUCAAUAAUUAGUAGUUCCAAAUUAUGUUUGGUUGUAGUCUAUGGCCGUGGCAAUGACAAUGUCAUCUUGUCGUUUUACGGAGAUCCAAGGCCGAUGUUGAGGUUACGUCAGUAGCUAAUUGUUAUGAUUAAGUGCUGGCUUGACCACGUAAGAAAGACGUACUCUUGGACACAAAAUAAUUGAUGUUACAAUUUUUUGUUGCUUGUCGAUACUUCGUAACCCAGCAAGGCGCCAUGCUAAGUAACGGAAUACUUUUCACAGAGAGUAGAAAGUGUGUAUGUAGGUUACCGUGACAAGUAUUUUUUUUUUGUGCGGUGAGUGGCUUAGAGUGACUUGUUUAGCGACUUUCGUCAACGUCCGAGGUGAAGAUACUGUCAGUCAAAGGAAAAGUUUCGGCGAGGAAUAAUUACCGGCCUUCCUUACUUAAGAAUGCAGGAAGGAUUCGUGACCGUAAACAAAGUACCCACUCGAGUUCUGUGCUGGGGAGGUUGGCUGACCAGCAACGAUCACAAGGAACUUGUUCUGUGCGUACCGGGCAACCCAGGAGUGACGGGCUACUACAAGCUGUUUCUUGAAACCAUUCAUACCAACCUCGGGCUUCCCGUGUGGGUCCUAUCACACGCUGGCCACGAGUUCCCGCAGGAUGAAACGCAGGCUUCAAGCGACAACUCGCAGGUUUACGGGGUGGAGGAACAGGUCCAACACAAGAUCGCCUUCAUCGAGAAGUACGUACCUGCAGACGUGAAGGUAUACCUGAUCGGGCACUCCAUCGGUUGUAAACUGAUCCUCGAGGCCCUGAAAAACUCCAGCGUCCGUCCCAAGGUGAAGAAGAGCUACCUGCUGUUCCCGACGAUCGAGCGGAUGGCCACUUCGCCAAACGGCAAGUUCCUGACGAGCCUAAUCCUACCGGUUGUGCCUGUCAUCGUUUUCCUGUCGUGGAUAUUUGCACUGCUACCGAGGACUGUCGGGAAAGGCCUACUGCAUGCCUAUUUCGCUAUUCGACGUUCCAAAGAUGACGCAAUUGACGCAACAAUGGAUCUCAUCUGCCCUCCAGUACUGAGAAACGUGUUCCAUUUCGCGGCGGACGAGAUGACGAAAGUCGUGGAUUUGGACUGCGAGACCCUGAUGUCAAACAGUGAUAUAUUGUUCCUGUACUACGGUGCUACAGACGGCUGGACGCCUUUAAACUACUGCAAGGAGAUGAAGAAAUCAUGCCCCAAAGUGAAAAGUGUUGUUUGCAAAGAUAAUUUUGAACAUGCUUUUGUUCUGAGCUGCGGUAAAGAGGUUGGGGAUAUGGUCUCGGACUGGAUAAAAAUAGAGAGAACAAAAUAAUUUAUAAUGUGAUAGUUAAUUGAAACUGUUAUAUUGUUGCAUUUAUGUUUUAGAUAUUAACAAUGAUAUUACAAUCAUGUUUAUUACGUUAGAUAUUCAGAUUUGCAGACAGAUAAGUGCCUGAAUUCUUCUGUUGAUUUAGCUCACGAGAUUUUGAGCUAGAGAUUUUGUCACAUGCAUCAACUCUGACACUGGCAUAAUUAAGAUAAAAAAUAUUAGUAAUGUUUGCUGUGUGCACUGUUUAAGCUCUAACAGGCAUUGAAUGUUUUGUUUCCCUGACAAUGUUUUAUUAAUGUUAGGGAUAUGUAAUUUGCUUAUGUAUUUUUUUAAACAAUUUUAAAAUCUCUUUUACAGACACUUAUAAAAUAACUUUUACUAGUUUCUUUCUUUGAAUCACAACUGUUACAUAAACUGCAACAGACAAAUAAUAGGUAAAAUGGGGAUCAUAUAUUAUUGUUUGCUAUUUAAUCCAGCAGGUUAAACGUUUGAUUAUAAGGGCCUAUGCAUAUUUUUAAAUAAUUUCUAUAUUUUAGUCAAUAUAAGGUGGGUAAAUUGUUGGACGGAUUUGAGUGAAUGGACUUAUUACCCUUUUUCCAUUGUUAAAAUAUAUUUUGCAGAAAAGUGUAAUUUAGAGGUUAAGUUAAAAAAAUAUUAAAGACUUUUCGCUAA